CAUUUGGAAACCUGGUUUUACUUUCGUCUGCUGUCUGACUGCCGGCUCGUCUUGAAACAGCUUCCAUCGGGCUCAAUUUACCCAGUGUUCCAGACUGCCUGUCCGGCAAACUGAAGCAGUAUCAUGAAUGUGUUGAGCUGGUUUAGAAAAGAUCAAGUUCGUCUGAGUACAGAGGAACAAGGGUGCAAUAUGGAGACAGUCGAUGAACUGUUGAGAGAAUACCAGAGAAGUUGCACACCAGAACAGAUGGGAAAAAUGCUUGAGAAAAUCCAAUCACAGAAUUCAGUUCAGCAUAAAUUAGUGCAAAAGCUCUUAUUUGAAAGAAAUCAUAUCUUAAGGAUAAACAAGGAAAUCAGCAUGAAGAACAGUGAACUUGAGAGAUUAGUGGAAAGGCAGCGAUGUGAAAUAAACCGAAUGAAGCAGGAGACUGGCUACGGGCAGACAGGCUACGGUGGUUUUGGUUAUGGUGGAGACAGAGCAACCUACAAUGGAGGAGAUGAUAUGAUAAACUGGCAGACCGGUGUUGACCCUUCUCGGAUGGCAAAUCAGAGGAUACAAGAUCUUAAACGCAAAAAGUUGCAAAAAGUGUAUGUGUACCUGUACAGCCCCCAGAGGGAGCAGAUUCCCCCUGUCAGUGACAUCACAUCACGUAUCGGAGAGGAGCUACUUCAGAGGGACAUAGAACUUAUUCCAGAAACGAUCGACGAGACCCCUGUACCGGAACAAGCCAGACCGGCUAUACUGUUAUGUGUUAACGUCUCCAGACUGGGCACAGAUGUCUCCAAUGCCCUCAAAGAUGUCAGAGCAAGUGAAGAUGUGGCUGUAGUUGUUCUCCAUCACAAAGAUGUCCAUGUUCUGCCCAAACUGUCCAGUGAAAAGAGUUUGACCGGAGCCGAGUUCCAGGAGCUUGGCGCCAUUGUAGACAUGGCCUUCUGGAAGGAGAAGGGGCUGCACCAGUGUGAUAUCAACCAGACUGCUAUUAUGAAACUCGCAGACUUUCUUGCAGACUAUGCCAUUGCAUAAAGGAAUGGUGAAAGGACAGACGAUGUGAAGCAGCAACAGUUGCUCAUACUGUGUUACUGUGAUGUUGCGAUGUCUCACUACUGACUGUCAUAGGGCUGUCUGGUAACCAUGGUAACAUCUGUUGUAGAGGAUGUUGCUGUGAUGCUACAAUGUCUCACUACUGACUGUCAUAGGGCUGUCUGGUAACCAUGGUAACAUCUGUUGUAGAGGAUGUUGCUGUGAUGCUACAAUGUCUCACUACUGACUGUUAUAGCGCUGUCUGGUAACCAUGGUAACAUCUAUUGUAGAGGAUGUUGCUGUAAUGCUGCAAUGCCAAACAUCCUCUUUUUAGGGAGGUGAAAACAUAUGAUGCCUUGCUUUUUUAUGAAGAACCCGUUCUUGAGUUGAUUUGCAAAAUAGAAGCAUGACUAUUUGCCUUGAGAUCUUGUUUAAUAGUUACUAUAAAGUAAUACAUACCGAAAUGAGGGUGCUUCAUUGUCAUGCCAAGUCAUGCCAAGAAACCAAAGACAGUGGGAGAAUGUGUGUUCUAAUAUCUGAAAUAUGAGGUUUUGUGUUUAAUUGGCUCAUGGUGUGUGUUCAUCUUUGAAUAAUGUGUGAGGUUUUGUUGAUGCUUAGAAACAAAUGACAGUGUACUAUGAGGAUAUAAAAGACAUGGUCAUUGAAAUCUGUGUGGUGCCAUGUCAAGGAUCCUUCUAACAGCGGUACCGUAUUUAUCUGGAUAAUAUACUGUCACAGGUUCUUACAAAAUGCUCGGAAAGAUGUCAGUGUGUGCUUGAACAUCUUCCCAAGGCAAGUGAGUUAACUGACUAUAAAAGUCCAGUUUCCACCCUUGCUGAACUAGGCUGGUAUUAUGGAGUUACAUUUUGGCUGGACUAACGAGUCUAUGCAUAG